AUGCAAGCCCGCUCUCCUCGCGCUGUCGCGCCUAGCUGUCAAGUUCUCAAGGUUCCCAAAAAGCCGCUUGUGUGGGAACCAAAACCAGCUCUUCCCAUUUCCGGAGUGGUCGUUCUUUUGUUAGACGUCAGCAACUCUCUGUUCCAAAUCAGGAUGGUGCAUCUGAGUCUUAGAAUGGUUCUCCAAGCUGACACGUGGCUUAAUCUGGACGGGUUGGGUGCCUCUCGAUCACACCUGCCCGAUCUCAAAGCGCAGGAGGACGCGCUUUCCGAUCCGAGAGGCAGCAAUAUAGCCCCCCGGAACGCUUCCGAGUCGGAGCUUGUUGUUUUGGUCACCUCGUCGGAUCCCGUUCUCACCGCGCCCAUCACAUGCUCGGCUCCAGAGCCCACUUUGGCAAGCGGUCCACAGAUCCGAAGCAGCCCCAUCACCGCUUCUCGUUUGCCAGCCGCAUCGACUGACGACUUCCCACUUACAGAGGUGGACAUUGCGAGAUUGAAGUCGUCCAAGCAGAAGGAUGGGGAAGCGGGAACGAGCACGGGAGGUGUGUCGCCGCCGCCGCUGCCAGAACCGGCGCGGCCCAAGCGCAGGCUCACAAACGCGAUGAUGAUGCACGAGAGCCUGGAGGCAGCGAAGCACCGGCGGCGCGGCCACCUAACGGCGGAUCUACUUGGGGACCAGUUGGCGUACAUUGAGGCGCACUGGUUAGGCAGCACCCAGUACGAAUGGGGGGUGCCAGAAGCCCCGGGCCCCUACCCGCCUGAAUUCGAGCAGAACCCGUUCUUCAAACACCCCGAACCCCACUCCAGCCUCUCCAUGUACCCACCCCGCGGGUAUGAACCGCCGCCGGACUGGGAGGAGUACUACCCGCCAGGCCGCAGGCCCAAGGGGCCCCAGGUGGAACCCCCGCCACCGCCUCCAUCGGCGCAAAUGGCGAUAGCGUGCAAGGGGGCCGCGUCCUACCUCGAAUGGUAG